AUGGACAGCAAGCACGGCGAUAAGGUGGACACUGUCCAUUCGGAACAUGGCAGUGAUGUCUUUUCUGAACAUGUCGAGGGAAAAGCCCAGGAAGGUGUCUUCAUCGAAGAUAAGAAGCGAUCACGACAGUUGGUUCGAAAGAUGGACUUGCGAAUCCUUCCUUUAUGUGCCUUCAUGUACCUCCUCAACUAUCUCGACUGCGGCAACAUAGGCAAUGCAAAAGUCCUCAACAACGAGACUGGAGAUGACAUGCUGCAACAAACCAACAUGAGCAACACAGAUUACCGUGUCGCUGUGUCGUUGUUCUCACUAGCAUACGCCUUGUUCGAAGUACCCUCAAAUAUGAUCAUCAAGCGCUACGUUCACCCUUCGGUCUGGCUAGCAGUUCUGCUAGGCAUGUGGGGUGUCUUUACAAUUGGGUUCGCGGGCGUCCAAAGCUACGCCCAAGUCACCGUCCUCCGCUUCCUAAUCGGCGUCUUUGAAGCCGGCUUCUUCCCUGGAAUCGUCUACCUCAUCACCUUCUGGUAUCCCGUCGAAGAACGCUCCGUCCGCAUCGCCUUCGUGCUCGCCUCCGCUACCGCAGCAGGAGCCUUCGGUGGCUGCAUAGCAUACGGCGUCGGACACCUAAACGGCGACGGCGGCCUCGAAGGUUUCCGUUGGAUCUUCAUAAUCGAAGGAAUCAUUACCGUAGCCUGCGUGAUCCUCGUCCUCUGGCGCCUCCCUGACUACCCCGACCGCACCAAAUUCCUCAACGACUCCGACAAGGAAUACGUCAAAGCCCGCAUUGUCGUCAAGGGAGGAGGUUACACCAAGGAGAAAUCGAGCAGGCAAGAUAUCAUGGCCACCGCAUUCAGCCCCAGAAUGCUAGCCCACUAUCUCGCCUACACCUGCGACUGUGUCCCCCUGGGCUCUCUAACCUUCUUCACCCCUACAAUCGUCUCCGGCCUCGGCUACACCAGCAUCGAAGCCCAAUUAAUGACCGUCCCACCCUGGAUCGUAGGCUACUGCGCUUGUCUCUUCCUCGGCUGGAGUGCCGACCACUUCAAUAUGCGCGGCUGGCAUAUCACUGCCUCUUCCAUCAUCGGCGGCGUAGGCUGGCUCACUGCUGGUCUCUUACCCGCCGACGCAUACAGCGCUCGCUACGGAUGCUUGAUGCUCUGUGCGUGUGGAGCGUUCCCAAGCUCGGGGCCGUUGAGUGCGUGGGUUACAUGCAAUGUGCCAGCCAUUGCGUGUAUGGGGAUUGCGACGGCGUUGAACAAUAGUGCAGCGGGUAUAAGUCAGAUCAUCGCCCAGUGGAUUCGGAUUCCGGCGGAAGCGGGCAGGGGGUAUCCGACGGGGAACUAUGUUUGUGCGGCGUGUAGUUUUGCUACGGCGCUGUUGGCGGUGGGGAUGAGGUGGAAUUAUGAGAGGAUGAAUCGGAUGGGUGUGAAGGAUAUCAAGGGGAAUGCUAGGGUGUGGCUGUUGUAG